ACUGCGCACCCCUCCCCUCCGGCCCCGUCACAGACAGCGCAAACCACGGCAGCGGUGCGGGAGGCUCCAUACUGAACGACGCUACCGCCGGGGAGGACCAGUGAUACAGCAAAACCCAAACGAGGAACCAGAGGAAUGGAUUUAACCCGUCUACGGCGCUUUUAUUAGAAGUGUUUCGCCUUUUAAAGCUUCGUGCUGCGGAUUAAAGGUGGCUCUCUUUCGCUUCGUUUCCUCUUGUUAAAAGAAUAAGAAUAAUAAAACCAGCAGUUUAAACAGCCGAGUUUGUGUUUAGCUAGCCGGUGAUGGAGAGUGGCAGCUAGCUAGCUUUUAAUAUAACGCUAACUUACUCAGCAGCUUUUUUUGCCCGCUUUUUGUGUUCAUUGCAGCGUGGCGUCUUUUUCUCUUCAACAAAACAUACAGAAAUGUUAGCUUGUGUUUAACAAAGACGCAGACGGACAACUCGGGUAGUUAACCGGCGAACUGGCAUCAGCUGACGCUAGCGGCCACUAGCUUCUUUUGCCUCGCUAGGAUAACGCCGAAGCGAGUGAAAGAAGACAAGGGUGUAAAUAUCGGCACAACUUUUGCCUCAUAUCUGCGCACUUCGUUGAAAUAUCUAUUGUUUUUUUCUAGAUAAUUUUUUGGUCGUUUGUCUGUUGAGCGUAGUUUUGUCAAAACGGCGCCUUUAACGAGCUGCAGCCUUAUUGCAUACUGUCAGAGACCAACUACCGCCCGGAUCUUCUCGAAAUGCAUCAUCCGGACCCUGCAGGAGACUCUGGCAGUGUUAGAAAGAUGGCGCAUCAGGCUGUCUUUCACAGAAGGGGGAGCAACACUGGCAGCGGGAGCGGCCCUGGGCUGUCAACAUCAGCUAACCCGGUGGUUAAUAACAGCCACGUACCAGCCGAUGACUACCCGCCCUCCCUGUUGAUUCAACCUCCUGCUGGCUCAUCCUCCCCGGGUCCCCAUCAUCCUCCUCCCCCCCACAGCCUAAAUCUGCUCUCCCAGCCCCAGCCCACACAGUCCACUGGAGCUCAGAUAAAGAAGAAGAGUGGUUUCCAGAUCACAAGUGUGACUCCAGCACAGGUAUCUGUUAGUACCAAUAACAGCAUUGCAGAGGAUACUGAGAGCUACGACGACCUGGAUGAGUCCCACACUGAGGAUCUGUCAUCUUCUGAGAUUCUGGAUGUGUCCCUCUCCCGAGCUAAUGAUGUAGUUGGAGCGGAGAGAAGCUCCUCAGAGGAGACGUUGAAUAAUUUCCAUGAGGCGGAGACCCCUGGAGCGGUCUCUCCAAAUCAGCCUUCACACCCCCACACCUUGAACCAGGCACAAAAGCAGCACGGUGGAGCCAUGGUGAAUGGGACUGUACACCAUCAACAUCCUCCACAUCCUAACCAUGCCCAGGUCUACCCUCUGUCCUCUGGCUCCGGGAGCACCCCGUCUGGUCUCACCUCUGGAGCUUUACCUUGUGUCACUCAGAAAAUGCCUUCUAAUAUGGGCGGCCCUCAAGAGAGUGUUUCCCAGGCUGUUCCUUCAAGUAUCCCCACUCAGCCUACGGGGACUGCAGUCCCGGGAUCUAUCCCUGGAAUGCACAGCUCUGCUGCUGGCAAUACAGUUAGCAUAGUUAAUCCCCAGACCAGCAGUGUUAGUAAUGUGAAUAUGUUGAGCUCUGCCAACGUGCCUGUGAGAGGGGGGAUCAGCACGAGUGCUAGCACUAGCAGUGGCGGCUAUCCUCUCAAUGUGAUGAGCAGCAGUGGAGGGAGUGGAGGAGGAAGUGCUGCUGCUCCAGCUGGGAGCAACCUUAUGGCCCCCGCUAGCAUGAUCCAGCAACACCAAAACUUAAACUCCAACAUUGCUAUGACUGCUACAACUACUGUUGCUGUGAGUGCCACUGGAGGCGUAGGGCUCCCCAGCGGGCUCCAUGGAAGAGUUGGAUCAGCUGUGCAGCAGCCUGUGAGUGCAACUGCUACAGCUGCGACCACAGCUCCUGUAUCAUCUGUUCCUGCGGCCCCUGUGGUGGCCACCACCACAAGCUCUCGCUUUAGAGUGGUGAAGCUGGACUCUAGCUCUGAGCCCUUCAAAAAGGGCAGAUGGACUUGCACUGAUUUCUAUGAUAAGGAGACCCCAGCUCCUGCCCCCUCUUCUUCUUCUGACCCUGGGUCCCACAGCAUACGGCAGUUUGUCUCUGAGAGCUUUGCUGGGGGGUCGGAGAGAGAAAGCACAAGUGGGAGUUCUGUGAGUAGUACUAUGAGUACAUUGAGCCAUUAUGUCGAGAAUGUGUGCAGUGGAGAUGUUGGUGGACCACAGCAUGCACAGGAUUACAACUCCCCUCCUCAGGGCUUUCAAGGAAUCCUCCCCAGCGGUUUAAGCAUGGGAGUAUCUCACACCCAACCCCAACAGCAUGAUAAAACUACUGCGGCCCCCUCGGCACCUACAAACAUUCAUCAGCCUCCAUCCAUGCCGAGUCACCAGACCACCAUGGGACUCACUGCUGUGCCCCAGCAGCAGCUCACAUAUGCCCAGGCAGUUGCUAAUCAACCCCCAGUAGGUGUUCAGCAGCAGAAGUUGGGUUACGCCACCCUACCACAACAGCCAGCUGCUGCCCCUCAAGCACCCACGAUGUCAAUGAGGCCACCUGAGUACACACAGCCGCAGCAAAGCAUCCCUCAUUCUGCUGCUGCUUCCCAGCCUUUGUCCAACCAAGCUGGAUCCACAUCUGCUGGGAUGGCUAACGGAGCCUGCCAUAUGAUGGGAGGUCCUCAGCAGCCCCACGCUCUUCAGUCUACCACCUCUAAUAUGCCCUCUCAUGUCGGGGUAGCAGGUGUUGGCCAGCAGCCUCAGAGCCAUCCAGGCCAUUUGGAUUGCCAGCAGCAAAAGCCGCAGUCACUCCCAACACAAAUCCAAAACCAAGGGCUGAGCACCCAGCUGCCAACUGCAGCCCACCAGAGCCAGGCGUCUGCACAAAGUGUGCCCCCCCCCAACCCUCAGAGCGAUCACCAGGCCCAACCCCAAACUCACAACACUGGGAAUACUGCUCGAAUGCCCCCGCAGGGAGUUCCCCAUAGCCAGCCGUCUUCUGUGAGCUUGACCCAUGACCACAGCAGUGCCCAGGCCCUGGCUCACGCUGCACAGGCCAGCGCCCUGUAUGCCAGUCUGCCGAGCUUCACCACCACUCAGCUGCAGGAUGCCCAGCGGCUGCUCCUCCAGCAUCAAUCGGGUUUGUUGGGGCUGCCCAAGCUGUCUGGAGGAGAGGCUGGAUCCAACACUGGCCAUGGUCAGGAAACUGAGGGCAACGCUGCCACCGCCAGUGCCUUAACAGCACCAGCUGGUCUCAAGGCUGUAGAUGGAGAAGAGGAUGGCUGUGAGGGAAGAAAAGUGUUGUUGUUAUCCUAGAUAACCAGCCGACAGAGGCCAAGCUGCUGCACUCUCUCUGUCCCCUGUCAGUGGGAUACAGCGCAGGGCUCAGCUGGAUGUGACAUUUCUUGUCUUUAUCAAGUGGCUGCAGUGAUUCAACAUUUUACCUCACCCGCCCGCCUGCUUGAAAUCCCGGCUGUCUGCCUUACAGAGCACAUUUUCUGCU